AUGGCAAGUCAUUUGCGAGUUCUUUUGAUUGCUCUAUGCAUCUUUGCACUUGAUCAACUUCUUGUUGAUGCCAUGAUCUCGAAGAGCAUGUAUGUCACAUGGGGUAAGCAACACGCGGUCGUUAAUCGCGAGGAUCUUCAACUAGUCCUCGAUCAGACGUCGGGGUCUGCUGUUCAAUCAAAGAGAAGUUUCUUGUUUGGCAGCAUUGAGAUGCUUAUUAAGUUGGUGCCUGGAAACUCUGCAGGAACUGUCACAGCCUACUAUGUUUCCUCCACGGGCGACAAACACGACGAGAUAGAUUUCGAGUUCUUAGGAAACGUUUCGGGGCAACCUUACAUUGUCCACACAAACAUCUACACACAAGGAAAGGGAAGCAAGGAGCAGCAGUUCUACCUCUGGUUCGAUCCAACGGCCGAUUUCCACAACUACACAAUUCAUUGGAACCCCACUGAGAUUGUGUGGUACGUGGAUGGCCUGCCAAUUCGCGUUUUCCGAAACUACGAGAAGGAGGGGAUUGCAUACCCCAACAAACAAGGCAUGAGAGUCUACUCCAGCUUGUGGAAUGCUGAUAACUGGGCAACCAGAGGAGGGCUGGUUAAGAUUGACUGGAACAGCUCUCCGUUUGUGGCGAAUUUGCGAAGGUUCAGGGCGAGAGCCUGCAAGUUCGAUGGACCGGCCAGCGUCACAAAAUGUGCCUCUGGCUCCCCAGGAAACUGGUGGAACAACCCUGUUUACAGCCAGCUGAGCAGUGCCAAGUUGGGUCAGCUAAACUGGGUCAGAAGUAACUACAUGAUUUAUGACUAUUGCAAGGAUACUAAGAGGUUCAAUGGCCAGAUUCCUCCCGAGUGCUUUAAACGACAGUUCUGAGGUGAAGAGAAGAUGUGUUUGAAAUGGGAAUGUGAUGUUGUUCUUGAUGAGAUGAAUGAUUAUGCUGCUCCCAACUUUUUCAUUUUUUCG